AUGCCUCAAUCCCUAGAUGAGCUUAGACCUCGUCCUGAUGGUGUGCCGCCUCUAGAAUGUCUCGUCGCUCCCUUACGGGGAUUUUUCUGUCCGCUCUGUCCGUCAUAUAAGACAAUAUACUAUCCCUGCUUGCGGAAACAUAUUAGCAAACAACACGGUGUUCGUUGUGGCUCGACUUAUACCUCAUCCUCUCAAUCUUGUUUCCUACAACGCUGGACCGACCGGCGUAGCAAGGAUCCUGGUUACUGGAAAGUGGAUGCCGCAGCCGUGUCAGAUUCUCAGAUGCAGUCAGAUGUUAACAAUAACAUCACAACAGCAGCAACAGCGCAAGACAUUGAGGGCCAGCUUGCUCACGACUUGGCCGUUGUGGAACCUGAAGAAGAGCGCCGGCCUGCGGAAGAGUAUGACAAAGGGGCUCCCGACCUUGGUGAGAGCCCAGAACAUGAUACCAGGAGCGAUUGGCUACGUGGAUGCAACUGGCAGGAUUGGUUCACCAACAAGCCGCUUCGUGCGAUUAUAAGCGUCUCCAAACUGCCAAGAAUGACUCUUCCUGCUGAAACGCUGCAUAUUGGCAGCUGGUGCGGUCUUGACUGUGUCAGCGAGGCAGCAGAUGAACGGACACUAGCUAUCAUAUGUGUGGCCACCCGUCAUGUGCUCGAUCGUUGUGAGCGCACUUUGAAGGCAACACCGCGCACCCUGCGUUGUUGGCUGAAGAGCUGGUCUCAUGCUUACCAGCCCUAUGACUUCAAAAUCCCUCAAGCUGCAGCGGAGAGUCGCUAUAAGCAGUCAUGGUGUCGUUUCAUAAGCUACGUGUAUCGUGUUCGUGCUCUAGAAAGGCGUCUUUACGAACAACCUGGAGAGCUUUCAUCUCUACAUCUUACCUGUACGCAAGAGUCUGCAAUGAAUCGGGUCUGGUCUCUCGCUUUGGAAACUCAGUUCACGACGACCGAGCGCAAGCUGAUCGGACCCAAAGACACGAUAGCUAGGUUGCUAGAAUCACUCUUUGAGUUGUUUCUCACUUUCUGGACCGACAGACCGAAGGACGGUAACCUUGAGCGCACGCCCAUCGCAAACUUCUCUGGUGUGCUAGGCAUCGACCCAACCACGCUUGCGUUUCGGAAGCCCUAUAACUAUACGACCAACCUCUCAGCACGCAUAUGGAUAGGACGUCUUCUACUGCUAGAGUACGCGUUGCCCCUCCAGCCGUAUCUGCUCUUAGAGACCAAGAUCCCGGCAAGAGACUCAUACUCUGACUUCGGCCAAAGACUUUGUUGUGACGUACGUCCACUCUACUUACAGCGGGGCAGCGUGUCUCCUAUCGGCUACCUGAUAGAACGGUUACAGCACGGUCGUGCUAUAGCGAAGCGUGAGGGCCACCUGGCACCGUACGGUGGUCUCUAG